GCGUUCGGGCCCACGGAUCCCGCGUUCAGUCGAUCGGUGUACGUCUGCCACCCAGCGCAACAAGAACGAGGGCGUUCGCGAGUUGUGGCUCCGUCCGCAGGUGCUUUGUUCUGUGCUCUAACUAGCCUUCGCACGCUGCCGAGGUUCGUCGUAGUCCGUGGCGCGAAGGAGACGACAGCGCUGGAAAGUGAGCGAAUGUUAAUGCGUUCAACGUGCAGAAAGGAAAAGUGUAAAAGUGCGUUAAGUGGUUCCGUGACAAGAGGUUACAGUCAUCAACGGUGUACUGCGGGUGGUGUAGUGUAGUGCCUCACAGAUAAAACGGCCCAUCUCGGUGAUAACGGUGUCGUCUAAAAUUUAAAUCUAUUUGCUCUGUAUCAAGCGGCUAGUUAGUGGUGGUCGGAUGAUAAGUGAAAACGUUUUGUUGUAACCGACAAACGUGAGGAAGCCGUGGUGACAGCCAGCGCGCCGUUACACGCCGACGACGGUUGAUAACGAUUGAUCGGCGAUUGUUCGUGUAAGUGCACGUGUUGUGGCUUUAAUUUUUGCUACAGUUGUUCCCCGUUGAAGAGGUUGAUGCAUGGGCGCUUCUGAGGACUCGUGGAAGCAUCUGCCAGAGGCGAGUAGAUGAUGUGACACAUGCGUAACGGUGAACAGUAAAGAUAACAGUAUCAACCAUACCCCUCUCAGACGGCACUAUGCAUAGCAGCAAUAGUGUGCUAGCUGCCAGAAUGCCCCUAGUAACUGCCACCCUCAUCUUGUCGGUGCUGAUGGCUCAAACCUGCCACUCGCAAAGUGUCAUCACAGAUUGUGACCCGAGUAAAUGCCAACCUCUGUCAAACAUUUCGGAAACGUCCCUAGAGCCAGGGCAAAGGAUACGUCGCGAGUUGGACCCGUGCUGUGAGAUCCUACGGCUGUACUGUGAUGCUAGCGCCUGUCCACCAGCGAUCGAGUUUUGCGAUGCAGAACGAACCAUUCGGCCGAGGACUACUGUCGGAACCUGUUGUACCUUGCAGCGUUGUGAAAACUUUUGUGAGGUGUACGCUGACGGUGAGAUCACGACCCGAUCGGUCGGCGAGAAGUGGUUUAACAUGGUCAAUGAGACCACCUGCAUGAACUACGAGUGUCUGCGGAACGAGGCAAACGAAACGUUCAUCAAUUCGAUCGGCAUACAGUGUAACACCACGUGCCCGGAGGGUUUCGAGGCGCAGAUCUCGCACCAACACUGCUGCCCGCAGUGCGUUCAGGCCCGGUGCAAGUUUGAUGAUCAGUUCUACCGCGAGGGACAAUCGUGGGCCAGUCCUGACGGGUGUCUGCUGUAUCGGUGCGCUAAGGACGGUGGUUUCCUGUCGAUCAGCUCAAGCCGCAAGCAGUGUCCGGUGGUGGGAAAUUGUCCCGAGCAGAAUGUGGUUGAGCGUGACUGCUGUAAGGUGUGUAAUUACACCGCCGAACCCAGGAUGGAGUCGACGACGGCUGCACCAGUGGAGCAAGAGGAAGGUGUUGAUUUCUACGAGGAACAGAGCUACAGCAAUCACCCGUGCAAGCGGGUGUGCACGCUGGGGCGCAAACCGGAAACCUGCUACUACCGUUUCCGGCUUGAAUGGUACCGGACGCUUAGUAAGGCUUGCUACAACUGUCCUUAUAAUGGGACGGACUGUGAUCGACCGCACUGUAUUGCGGGGGAUGGUGUGCGAAGAAACGUGGCCGUUAUUAAUCGCAUGAUGCCCGGUCCGGCCAUUGAGGUGUGUGAGAACGAUAUCAUUGUGGUGGACGUGGAAAAUCAUCUGAUGGGCGAAAGUACGACCAUCCACUGGCAUGGUUUGCAUCAACGGCGUACGCCGUACAUGGAUGGUGUUCCACACGUUUCGCAGUGUCCGAUCAGCCCGGGCACGACCUUCCGGUACACGUUCCGGGCGGAUAAUCCGGGCACACACUUCUGGCACUCGCACACCGGUAUGCAGCGUGGCGAUGGAGCGUUCGGGGCGUUGAUCAUUCGCAAGGAUAAUGAUAUACAUGAGCUGCUGUACGAUCACGAUCUGUCCGAGCACGUGAUUACGGUGCAGGAUUGGGGCCACGAGCAGGGUGUGUCCCUGUUUGCGGCACAUCACCACUCGACCGGUGAUAAUAAACCGCCUAACUUGCUGAUCAACGGACGAGGCAAGUACUUCCAGCGGUUCGCCAAGACAACGCCACUAGGAACGACGACGACUACUGAAGCUCCGGAUCUGGAAGAGGAUCCUUCGGUAACAACACAGCCGGAAGCGAUCCCAGUGGAGGAAGUACCGGAAGAAACUACGAUUGUGGAUGUGCCGACAACGGUGGCACCAACCGUAACCACUCUUGACGAUGUGGAGCUGCUGCAGGCCAGUAGCAACAACAAUCUGAAAACCGUACUCCAUGCGAACGAUGUACGGCACCGCACCAAACGACAAUCGCGCACGGUAAACUUCAACGCCGUUGUGGUGCCCGAAUCGCAACACAUUCCCCUGAGUGUGUUUCACGUUGAUAAGGGCCGCCGGUAUCGGUUCCGACUGAUUAAUGCCGAGUUCCUGAACUGCCCGGUGGAGCUGUCCAUUGAGAAUCACAACCUUACGGUUAUUUCAUCGGACGGGUUCGGCAUACAGCCGCUGGAGGAUCUCGGUUCGUUCGUGAGCUACGCUGGCGAACGGUUCGAUUUCGUAGUCAAAGCUAACCAACCGAUCGGCAACUAUCUGAUCCGGUUCCGUGGACUGAUGGAUUGUGAUGAGCGGUUUACGUCGGCGUACCAGUUUGCCGUGCUGCGGUAUCGUGGAGCUCCGGAAGACACCGAGUACGAAUCGUGGCCACCGUACGAUUACGAGGCACCGGGCGUACAGUUUAACUCACUGAACCGGGGCCCGGGUGCGGAGAACGUUAUUACAAUCGCCGAAACGAACGCACUCGAUCAGGAAGAUUUGCUGCUGCUGCGCGAUGAGACGGAUUACAAGUUCUACGUGUACUACGAUUUCUACGGCAAGGACAAUCCUCACUUCCACGUACCGUCGCUGUACGGGUUUCAGCAGGUGAUUAACAACACGAACCGGCUGUACACACCGCAGCUGAAUCACAUCUCGAUGCGCAUGCCACCGAUACCGUUCCUGCCGGGCAAGGAUGUGCUGGACGAGAGCCAGUUUUGCAACGAAACGAGCGUGCGCGAUCGGAACUGCCGGGAGGAGUUUUGUGAGUGUAGUCACGUGAUCCAGAUACCGCUGCACGCCACGGUGGAGAUGGUGAUGAUCGACGAAGGGUUCACGUUCGACGCGAACCAUCCGUUUCAUCUGCACGGCCAUGCGUUCCGGGUGGUGGGCAUGGAUCGUGUGAGCCGCAACACGACCGUGGAGGAUAUUCGUCGCAUGGAUGAGGAGGGUCGAUUGCCGAGAAGGCUUAAGAAAGCUCCGAUCAAGGAUACGGUGACGAUUCCGGACGGUGGCUACACAAUCAUUCGGUUCAUCGCGAACAAUCCUGGAUAUUGGCUGUUCCACUGUCACAUAGAGUUCCAUGCCGAGAUUGGUAUGUCCCUAGUGCUGAAGGUUGGUGACAGCUCGGAGAUGCUCCCGGUACCCGCCAACUUUCCCACCUGUUACGACUUUAAACCGAAGCUUGGUGAGCUCGGCAACGGGACGGGUUCGACCAGAUUCACCACAUCACUGCUUCUGUUAGCCUUCGCGGUUCAGACCUUACACCGACUCCUAUAAGCAACAACCUGAACAAAACAAUUUGUGAUAUUAGACGCUUCCGAGCGGACUCAAGUAUUUCGUUCGACCAUAGUAUUAUCUGGCCACGGAGGAAGUCGUGGACGCCCUAAGUUAUGACUCAUUCGCGUACUCUUAAGAUGUUAGAUGUUCUUAAGCAUUGCCACCGUACAAACCUAAGUGCUCUUACAGUCAAAGUGGAACAAAAUAAAAAGCCAAGCGAAACGCUACAAAUCCAA